AUAGUCUAGUUUAAAAUGAUAAUGAAAAUAAGUAUAUAAUAGCUAGACAGCUGGUUGCAGUAUGUAUUAUAAAUCCUCUCUUUCUAACGAACACGUUGAACCAUCAACAUCUUACACUUUAUUUAUUCAUCUCACUACCCAAUAAUGUCUGCUCGUCUCACCAAAUCUCCAUUUCUCUGAUUAAUUAACAGUUGAUGUGAGAUGUCUUUAUUUUUUAUUUAUUUUAUCUUGUUUUCCUUUAAUGUGUGCAUUCGUCUGAUCCCAAACUAAUGUUUACAGGUCUCACCAACUCUCUAUAACUCCAACAAAUUAAUAAUACAUGUGAAAUGUGCUAUUGAAUUAUUAUACUUUCUUACCGUUUCUCCUAUAAUGGAUGAUGCUUCACAAAAUCUUCGAACACCCGCAAAUUUCAUGAAGGACGAUGAUGUGAGCCAAGAAUGUAAGAAUCUGAUCUCUUCUUUACCUUCAGAGAAAGAUUUCACGGGAAGAAAACUCUACAGCUACCAAGGAUCUUGGUACUAUCCCAACACACUCCAAGCAAUCCUAAACUUCCAAACACAUUUCCAAGCGCGAGACAGCGAUAUCAUCCUAGCUUCUUUACCCAAAUCAGGAACCACCUGGCUCAAGGCUCUUGCAUUCGCCGUCGUCCAUAGAAACAAGUAUGCUCCUAAUCUUGAAUCCCAUCCUCUCCUCUCCGACAAUCCUCACAACCUCGUCCGGUUUCUUGAACUUGAUUUAUAUGUCAAGAAUCAAUGUCCUGGCCUAGAAGAGCUUCCUUCGCCUCGGAUUUUUGCAACCCACAUGCCUUUUCAAACCCUUCAUGAAUCUCUAAGAGAUUCUCCUUGCAAGGUUGUUUACGUGUGCAGGGACAUAAAAGAUGUGUUGGUCUCUCGUUGGCAUUUCAGGAGCAAGCUUGUUAGUAACUACUCGCUUGAAGAUAUAGUUGAGGAGUAUAUUAAAGGGGUUUGCUUCUUCGGGCCGUUUCAGGAACAAGUAUUAAGUUAUUGGAAAGAGAGCUUGGUGAAUUCGAAUCAUGUUCUCUUCAUGAGGUAUGAAGAAAUGAUAGAGAAGCCUGAGGCUCAAGUUAUAAGAGUCGCUGAUUUCUUAGGUUGUCCGUUCACUGAAGAAGAAAAGCAAAGUGGAAUAGUAGAGAAUAUCUUGGAGCUGUGUAGUUUUGGUAACUUGAGUAACUUGGAGGCUAACAAGACUGGGACAUCUACUUGUGGAAUUCCUCACCAUGGGUUUUUUGGUAAAGGAGGAGUUGGUGGCUGGAAUAAUCAUCUCACUGAUGAUAUGGCAAGAAAACUCGAUGAGAUGGUUGAAAAGAAACUAGAAGGUUCAGGGUUGAAGUUUGAGUGAUCCAAGUUCAUAAUAAUUUUUAUAUGUUUGAUAUUCAAUAAGAAAAUCGUGUUAUGAUAUAUAAAGAUUAUAUGAAAGCUAAGCUCAGUUAUCGUUUGCAUAUCUUUUGGUGUGUUGUUUUAAAAAUGUAUAUAUUGGAAAAUAUGUGUGUUUUCUUUUGUUUUUCUUUGUCAUGUACACAAUACACCUAAACCGGCUAAAGAUGGAGAACUUCUAUAUGGAGUAGCCACUAGCCAAAUCUUUGUAACCCAAAAGUGGUCAAAAAGGUGAAGGAAGUUAUGUUGUGGAUACAGAACUCAAAAGGUGAUUAUGCUUAUACGUACCAGUUAAAAGAUGAGAAGAAAUCUUUGUAAGAUAACUGAAGGCUCUUAUCAGAAUAAAGUAGUUUUUUUUUUCUUGAAACUCUGAUAUAAUUAAAUAGUUGUCAGCAUGAGUUUUUUAUACUGAGAGUUCUAUAGUUCGUAAGCAGGCUCUUUGUUUCUUGGAUUUCAUAAGAAAAAAAAAGUUUGUAAAGAUUUUUGAAACCAAAUUGGACAAAGAAAGCCAGAGAGAAAGAUGAAGAGCCCUUUCCAACAUGAAAACCAACUAUUUAAAGUAUUUGUUUGUUCAGAAUUUGAAAGAAAAGACACCUGUUAGAGUAUUUUUUUAUAAAACAAGAGAAUGGUUUUUUUUUCUCACCCACAAUACAUAAAUAAAUUCAUAGUUUAUGAUUUUUUGUUUCUUAGGCUAAUUUUUUAUCAUCUAAAUAAAAAUCGGAACUAAAACCGACGGUUCCCAAAACUGCAAAGAUACAAAACCAAAAGAGAUUUUUUUUUUUAACAAAACAAAAGAGGAAACAUAUUCUAAAAGAUGGAGAGACUAACUAUAGGCAAUUUCAAUGUAUUUUACUAUUUUUCUUUUAAAACAAAUGAGCUCUAUAAUAAAGAGCAAAAUAGAGAAGAAUAUUAGUUUUCCAAAAUAAUCAUCUCUAAAUAUAUAUAACAAAUUAUAGAAGAAUGUUAUUUUUUUUUUAUAAAUAAAAGAAAUAUAACAAUAUCUAUUUUACAGGAAAAACAGAGUAGAGUUAAAUACUAUUAAACCUGGUGUAUUAUGAGCUACAAUAACACACAAUAAAACCAACAGAAAACUUCGAGAGUAAUUGAAAUUCUAUCGACGAAACUCAAAUUUGAUCAUUUUCAAUCUAAUUUGAUCAUUUUUUUCUUGAAAAAACGAUUAAAUUAGACUCUAGUUUAAAAUAAAUUUGAAAGGCUUAUGAAAAUUAGUAUAACUAGCUAGACAGGUUAUAGUAUGUAUUAUGAUCCUCUCUUUUUAAAGACCACU